AUGAUUUCGGAGAGGCAGUCGCUCCACACCGUCCCUCUUGCACAGGGGGUGGACGGGAACAGCAUCACGAGCCCAUGUGUAUUCGGGACCCGGGAAUAUCAAGAGCAGCCAAGAAGAACAAAAUGGCGUUCUUCAUGUGCGGCGCACUCGGCCUCUCCCGCAUCGUUGACGACACGAUUUCCCCUUGGCGCAACGUGA